AUGAAGCCGGAGCCGAAAGGAACUGGUGUUACAUCAUUGUACGAAACUGGAGGAAACCCCAAAGAGGAAGAAUCAUCUAUAGAAAGCUUGAGAAUCGUGUGUACGCAUCGCCCUCCCACAUCGUCGCCGCCCACGCUGCUUUACGAACCGCGCGGGUCAGCGCACCUGGGCUGCUCCGUGCGCUGUUUGAGCUGCUGCCGCAGCGCGUCGGAGUUUCACAUUCACAUGAGUUUGGGUACGAAAACACUAACCGUGAUGUUUCUUUACAGUGAAUACAAUAAUAAUUCAUCAAUACCUGUUUUCGAAGACAAACAUUUUCUUGUUAAAAUGAAAACAAAAUAUUCUCAACAUUUUAAUUUACACAUUAAUUAUAUACAACAGAAUGUUUUGAAACAAAAUAUUUUAAUACGUUUACUCAAGAAGUAUAAAAACUAUUCUUUCCAUAUAACAUUUAAUGAAUUUUAUGAAAUAAACUUCAACUAA